GGUCCUAGUGGUUUAUUUCCUGGUGAAAUCGUUGAUAUUGAUUUUGUUGAAAAUAUUAAUAUUUUCUUAUUUAAAACAUCAAGCUUUGAAUCAUUAAAUGCUCAAAAACAAACUACAUUUGCUAUUGAACCUAUCAAAUAUGAACCUAUUGUUUUAGGGAUUACACGAGCUUCGCUAGAAGUUGAAAGCUUCUUAUCAGCAGCAAGUUUCCAACAAACAACUCGUGUUUUAAGUCAAGCAGCUUUAUACAAGAAAAAAGAUUUUUUAAAAGGUUUAAAAGAAAACAUUAUUAUAGGUAAUUUAAUUCCAGCAGGUACGGGAUAUUUAUCGAGUCUUAAUCUAACUUAA